UUUGGUUAAAUAAAUAAAAAAAGUGGUUUAUUUUUUAUUUAUUUUAUUUGCUUGGUUGUUUACUUUUACAAAAGUAUUUAAAUAUUCAGGAAGUUCUUUAAUUAAAAGGUCAAGUUAAUAAUUAAUGAUAUCCUUAGACAUAAACAAUGUGGACGACAAAAACAUUUCUUACUAAAACCAAGCGCGGCAAUGUUUUGAAGAUUGUUAGAGAACAUUACUUGCGCGAUGACCUGCUCUGCGGCUCUGAAGCAUGUAAUGUGUGUCCACAAAAAGACGAUGACAUCGUUUUGGAGGCAAAACCAGCAUCUAUUUGUGGCCUGUUCGAUUAUAGUCAUUAUUUGGUGCUCGACACUAAUGUAGUACUUCAUCAAAUAGAUGUAUUAGAAGAGGACGCUCUAAAGAAUGUCAUAAUUUUACAAACUGUUCUGGAAGAGGUGAAGCAUCAAAACACAGCAAUGUAUCAACGGUUACUGGAGAUUAUUGGAAACAAAAAGAGAAAGUUUUACUCCUUUGUCAAUGAACAUCAUAAAGACACAUAUGUGGAAAGGAAACCUGGUGAAAAGCAGAAUGAUCGUAAUGACAGGGCUAUCCGUAAAGCUGCAGAGUGGUACGCCUCGCAUCUAUCUAUCAAUAAUGUUGCAGGACAGUUUCCACAGAUAGUCUUACUGACUGAUGAUGAGAAUAAUAGGAAAAUUGCUCAAGAAGAGGGUAUUGUUUGCUGCUCUGUAAAAGAUUACAUUGAAAAUGUAAAUGGGUUUGUUGGUCUAGCAGACAAACUCUCAAAGAAUGUCAUGCCAGAGAGUUAUUCAAAAGAUGCCCUUUACCCAGCACAUCUGACACCCAGUCAGAUACAUACGGGAAUAAGGAAUGGGAAGCUACACCAAGGGACUUUCCAUGCGUCAAGGGAUAACUUCAUGGAAGGGACUGCUUCUGUCAGUGGCUAUGAGAAACCUGUCCUUUUGCAAGGGCAUAUAGGUAUAAACAGGGCAAUAGAUGGAGACAUAGUAGCCAUAGAAAUAUUACCAAAAGAAGAAUGGAGUAAGCCCAGUGACAUAGUUCUAGAAGAUAAAGCUGAUGAUCCAGGAGAUUUUCUAGAAGAUCCCACGUUGCUAAAGAGCAACGUUGUUGACACUGCAGAUGAUGAUAUUACACCUACUGGGAAAGUUGUGGGAAUCAUUAAGAGGAAAUGGCGACAGUACUGUGGUGUAUUAUUACCUAGCCAGUUUCCUGGUGCGACUCGUCAUUUGUUCACGCCGGCGGAGAAGCGGAUACCACGAGUGCGAAUAGAGACCCGCCAGAGUAACCUGCUCGUCUCGCAGCGUAUCCUGGUCGCACUGGACUCCUGGCCCAGGAACAGCCGGUACCCCCUGGGCCACUUCGUGAGGUCCUUGGGGCUUAUUGGUGAUAAGAAUGCAGAGAAUGAAGUGAUACUGUUAGAACACGACGUCCCUCACGCGCGGUUCAGUGAAGCUGUGCUGGCGUGUUUGCCUCCCGACGAUUGGACUAUUCCUGAGGAGGAAAUAAAAAAGCGAGUGGACCUCCGUUCAAUAUGCGUGUGCUCAGUCGACCCGCCCGGCUGUACCGACAUAGAUGACGCACUACACGCGCGCGAGUUACCUGCGCAGACGAGAGACGGCCUCAAGAAGUAUGACGUGGGCGUGCACAUCGCUGACGUCACGCACUUCGUCCGACCCAACACCGCCUUGGACAAGGAGGCCGCUUCCAGGUCCACUACUGUGUACUUGGUCGACAAGAGAAUUGACAUGGUUCCUGAUUUGCUCAGUUCGAAUUUGUGUUCGCUGCGCGGCGGCGAGGAGCGCCUGGCGUUCUCAUGUGUAUGGGAGAUAGACGAGAACGCCAACGUUUUGUCGACCAAGUUCCACAAGAGCGUUAUAAAGUCACGCGCAGCGAUGACGUAUGAGCAAGCCCAAAUAACCAUCGACGAGAAGUCGCGGAAUGACGACAUAGCGUCCUCGCUGCGAAUCCUCAACGCGCUGGCCAAGAAGAUGAAGCAGAAGAGACUCGACAAUGGCGCCUUGCUGCUCGCCUCCCCCGAGAUACGAUUCCAGGUAGACUCAGAGACCCACGACCCAAUAGAAGUGCAAGCAAAGAAGAUCAUGGACACCAACUCCAUGGUGGAGGAGUUCAUGCUGCUCGCGAACGUGAGCGUGGCGCAGCACCUCGCGGCAGAGUUCCCGCAGUGCGCGCUGCUGCGGCGUCACCCGCCGCCGCCGCCCGCCAACUUCCACACCUUCCUCAAGGCGGCCAGGCAACAGGGUUUCGAGAUAGACGUGUCGACGAACAAAUCGUUCUCGAAGUCGCUGGACGCGGCCGUGAUCCCCGGCCGGCCGUUCUUCAACACGCUGCUGCGCAUCAUGGCAACGCGCUGCAUGCAGCAGGCGGUGUACUUCUCCAGCGGCACCAAGACGCAGGACGAGUUCUACCACUACGGGCUCGCGUGCCCCAUAUACACGCACUUCACGUCGCCCAUACGCAGGUACGCGGACGUGAUAGUGCACCGCUUGCUGGCCGCGUGCGUCGGCGCGGACGUGACGCACGCGACGCUGCUGGACACCAAGGCCGCGGACGCGCUGUGCGAGAACCUCAACUACCGGCACCGGCAGGCGCAGUACGCGGGCCGCGCGUCCGUCGCGCUCAACACGCAUAUAUUGUUCAAAAACCGCGAAGAGAUCGAGCAGGCGGUAGUGCUGGCGGUGAAGAGGAACGCGCUGCAAGUGCUCAUACCCAAGUACGGGCUGGAGGGACCACUCUAUCUGCCCUCUGAUAAAUUUGUCUACAACGAAGAGGAAAACGUCCAAAUAUGCGGCGGCACUGUAUUGAAAACGUUCGACGAACUGACAGUGAGACUGACACUCGACAGUACCAACAUGCAACACAGGAAGCUCGUGUACCAGCUAGUGACGCCAUACAUACCCGGCGUUAGCUACGUGAAGGAAAACGAAGACAGUAAUGAACCAGCAAUGGACGUCGAAGUCGUGGAUAUCUCCGAAACGACAAAUAAGAGAAAAGAUACCGACAGCAAAAGUACUAAGAAGAAGAAAUCUAAAAAGUAACAAUGUAAUUUUACGUAAGUAAAUAAAUAUUUUUUUAAGCAAA